AUGAACUUCCCAGGCCUCAAUGCCCGAAACGACGUGCCAAAGUGGCAAAGACUACAUCAGACUCAUGACGGACUCCGGCAGUGGGAAAAGGGCCCGCGCGCCAAAGCCAUGUUGUACCCUUACUACGCUCUCUUGAUCUUCACCACCACAGGUGCCAUGUACAUGAUGACGAGGAAAGUGCUUGGCUACAACACCGUGUGGGAGCCGAGCAAGAAAGAGGAGAGCUAG